UUACAAUUAGUUUUGCAUUCAUGUAAAGGAGAAAGAAACACUCACAGAGUGAAAGAGAAAGAUCUUACGAGACCACGAGAGGAGCCUGAUGGGGGGGAAAAAUGAGAGAAAGACAAAACAAAUAUGAAGAGAUAAAUAAAUGAGAGUUAAAACUGGGAGGAGCCUAACAAGUAAAAAAGAGCGAAGGUUGUGGCAACAGCAGGCAUGACUGUGAAGAAGCUGAGGCAGACACAAUGAGAGAAAAGAAGAGAUGGAUUUGCUGUCACAUUCACACUCUGUUCUUCAGCAGUUAAGCAUGUUUGCUGUAUUCAAAAACUAGCAAAGCUUGCAGGCUGCAGUGGAGUCAGCUGUGAAUGCUAUCGUGUCUUACAGGUUUGUUGAAAUUGCUGUAAAAGCAUCAAGAUUUGAGUUCCCCGGGUCACAGCGAGAAGCUGACUGCAAGAUUGGUGUUUCCUGUCCUUAAACAGGCAGUGCAACGUGCCAAAAGUGAGACAAACUGAGCCCUGACCAAAGCAGGUUCUGACACCAUGGAGGAGAGGGAGCGGCAGUGUAAUGGAGAGGAAAGAGGUGAUGUUGAAUCCCCCACAGGACAGUCAGUCACGGCAGGAGAACCAAGCACAGCGUCCACAUGGAGGAAUGGUCAGUGUGUGGCGUCUGUGGCCACAUCCACUUGGUUCACUCCCACCUUUGACUUCUCACAUUGCAGGACCCUUCUGGAAACCAAAGGCUUCCAGAUUCCAGCAGAAGACUUUGAGGGUCCACUUCAUUUAGCGCUGGACCACCCGUCCAUCAGAAGAUACCUGCUUUUCAACUCAAGCAUUUUUAAUGUCAUCAUGGCCCCACUCUUGUAUCUGGUGCUGUGGUGCACUGUGUACUCGACCAUUCACAUGCACCUCCAUGGCAGCUCAACGGACUUCUGGGUGCUCUGCCUGUGUGUCAGUCUGGUGUCCGUGAUCCUCACCGCCGCCAUCAACCUCAUCUUCCACUACAGCAACAAAGAGAUCAACAUGAACACAGACGUGCGGUUGGUGGGGGUUAAUGAGCACAUGGUCAGGCACAAGCUGCUGUGUGGGGUGGCUGACUGGGUCCAGAAAUGCAGAGGAAAUCUGCAGCUCUUCUGUGUAUACUGGGACUUGUCCCCAUGUCUGACAUCUCUGACUGAAGUGCUGGACGACAUGAGUUUUGUCAGGGAUCAAGUACAGAACAAACUCAAGAAAAGAAUGUCCCACCUAGUUCUAGUGACCGAGGUCACGACCCUGGAUCCCGAGGCUGGAGCACAGGACGAGGAGCUUCCAGAAGAAGAGCAGCCGCUGCUGGUGGGGGGACGAGAGCGAAGCGCAUCAACUAGUCAACGAGAAGACUCUAAACUCACCAAAAACUUCAGCUUGAUGCCCGACACCACUCUCUCAAAUCAGGCGAUUGCUCAGCAGCUCCUGAUGACCUACAGUGCACUUUAUGUCAGACUGCUGGUAUCAAACAAGCUUCCUGCUCCUCCCCAGCGGCCUUCAGGUGCAGAGAAAAAUCAUUCCGCUUCCUCUCUGUGUCUGUGUGAGUAUGUGGAGCUAAAAGUUCUGCGGUAGACAGAACAUCACUAUCAAAUCUCACAUUCAAAAGUUUUGCUGUCAAUUAUGAUAUAGUCACAGAUUGUUCUUGCUGCUCUUUAUGAUUUUGUCUGUAUACUGAAAUAUAUAUAUAUAUAUUGUUGAGUUAUUGUGGUUUGCUAUUUGCACCAUAUGAUCACAAUGUGUGAAAGAAUGAAGUGCCAGCUGAUUCUUUCCUCUUCCAUGUUAAGUUCUUGUAUUAACCAGACAAACUGACAAGCGAUCAGUCGCACUCGUCCAAAAUCUUGCUCGACAUAGUUGUAUUUUUUUAUUCAUGACAUGAUCUUUAUGAGAUUCUGAUUAACACGUCUUAAUCAGGGAAUCAAGUAAGCGCCUCAACAUGGAUUUUUGCAAAUUUCCAGAUGAUACAGGAUAUGCAAACACGGAAAAAAAACUUGGACUUGAGUUUAGCGGUGGCACUUUACAACAGUUUGUAGUUAUUAAGUUAUUAAACGUACGUUCGGGAGGACUACGCCCAUCUAAUCUUCUAAUUAUUAGCAGGACAUAAAAGCGGCCUCUACUUCUUCCCAGCAUUGGUUCCCAUCCCUCCUCCUCCCCUUCUCCUCCUUUAUGUAUUUUACCUGUGUAAUCAUCAGUAGGCAAAUUGGAGCUCCAGUAGAACAUCCUCCCUGAGCCCCUCCAUAUGCACAGCAAUCGCUUACCACGUAUGCCAAGAUUAUAUG